UUAUCAGUUGAAAGUUACCAACAGGAUCCAUCCAAAGUGUUUGAGAGUAUCCAACCUUGGGAGAGCAGCGAGUGAGAGACAAACAGGGAGGAGAGGGGAUGUGCGCAAAACGCCCUCUCCCUCUUCACACAUGCUGGUGACAGAGAGGUAGACGGGGUGUUUAUCAUGAGCUGCCCGUGAGAUUCAAGAGCAGCAGCAAGCAGCAUCAGAUGUAGUUACUUAAUGGAGGUUUCAUGUUUUUUUUUUUUGCCCCCACCCCUGUUUGGAUCGCAGUUUAUCUGAGCCGUGACGGGAAGUAAAGACAUUACAAAGAGGAGGGGACGCACAUCGACAGUCCAGCGCGCACAAAGUCCACAACGGCAACGACUUGACUGAAAUAUGGGGUGUAGGCUUCCCAAGUUGCGGAAGGCAGAAGAGAGGCGAAGCCCCGGCAAUAUCUACUCCACGCUUCGGCGGCCUCAGGUGGAAACUAAAGUGGGCGUGACCUACACCUACCACUUCCUGGAUUUCCUGUUGGGGAAAGAAGAGGUGCCAGUGUCAUCGGUGCUUUGUCUCUCCUCGGUCAGAGAGCUACCGGUUCAGGUCAGGGAACUCUACGCGCAGGGUUUCGUCCUGGUCGCCGUCCAUCCGUUUGUCCAUCCCUGUGGCCCUCGUCACGCACACAUCCAACGCCAGCUCCACCGGGCAGUGUUGGUCCGUGAAACACCAAGUUCAGAGAAAAGCCAACUGAGGUGGGGAAGACAUCGUCUGGAGACAGAUGUGUGUGUGGCAGGUCACCAGUCUGCUGACCCAGAAGUGAUCCAGAGCUACGUCAAGAGGAUCCAAGAUGUAGCAGAGCAAGGGGUGAUGUUUGUGGGCUUUCUCCAGCAGCCGGGCGGAGGUCCCUGCUUCUUGGGUCACUGGGACCCUGAAGAGCUGUCCUCCUUACAUUCAAGCCCUUCACCCAUACACCGACAUCCCUUCAGCGCCAACACCAGCCCAACAGAUCCUACAGAACCACAUAAUAAUGACACAGAACACGACCAUCACCAACCCGAACAUGAAGAGUUAGAUCAUGAAGACGCAGAACACCAGAAGCCUUUGAUGCCAAGAGAGCCGGAUUUCAGUCCUCUGAAACCCAUUCAGAGUUUAGAGCUUAACCAAGAGGAGUCCAGUGAGAAAAUCCAGACCUUGGAGAUCAGCCUCAAAGAGUCACUAGAAUCAACAAACCAACCUCAAGAUUACAGUAAACCCAGUGUAGACUCAGUUCAGUGGUGUCCAAAGCAAAACCUAGCAGAAGCCCAAGGGAACCAGCUAUGUCCCAGCACUCCAGAAGCUGCAGGUAUAAUGAGACAGCAGAAGGGCCAACUACCAGACCUCAAAGAAUCCACAGAGAAACAUUAUAACCUUUCCAACCAGAGGGAAAGACAAAGUUCAAGCUCCGACAGCUGGCUCAGCUCUCCAGAACUGGAUCGAAACCAUGAAAGAAAGUCCAGCUCCACCCGUACAGAUGGGCACAGCAGGGUGACGACGCACAACAACAACCACAUCCGCCUCAAGAGUUCAGAGAAAGAUAGGAAUCCAACUUUGCCACCAGUGCAGGCUAGGAUGCAGCUCUUUGCCUUGUACAACCACACAGGAGAGCUGAACACUUCUCCAAGGUUUUACUCACUCAGGGUGCCACUGCGAGUACAAAAGGAAGCAGGGCUAGUCACGGAAGUUAACACACACUGGCUUGACCAUAUGACUCAGCAUUUCACUAGCGGCGCACACCUCAUCGACGGGUUUUUCCAACUUGAAGAUGAUAACGACAAUGGGGUUUCAUGUGUGGACAGCGUCUUCAUCUUCCAGGGCUCUGCAGAGGAGACCGCAAACACCUCCUACGACGCCAUCGUGGUUGAGCAGUGGACUGUUGUCGACGGUGUCGUAGUGAAGGCAGACUACAUCCCCUUGCUCCAGUCACUGGCUCCAUAUGGAUGGAGGCUCAUGUGUGUGUUACCUACACCGAUUGUCAAGACCAACAGUGACGGGAGUUUGUCGACCAAGCAGAUCCUCUUCCUUCAGAGACCGGUUUUGCAGCGCAAGAGAAAAGACUUCAAGAUGCUAAACCUCAGGGGUCGCACCAAGACAAAGAAGAAAUCUACUGGAGAAACACAAGAGGAGAGAGAGAACACGUACCCGCUGAUGGAGACAGAGAUGGACAGGUUAAGAAGAAACACAAGAGAGGGGGAAGACGAGGCAGAGAGGAGAAGGAGUGGGGACAGCGGAAGGAGCGAAGGAGCGAGCCUUCAGAGAGGCGGAGAGGAGAGCGAAGAGGACGCGCAGCAUCAAAAGGGCUUCUCGCUUCUAUCAGGGAGCAGGGCGUCUGUUGAAGAGCAGGAAGAGGAAACCAACGUUGAUGACAUCCCAUUGUCCAAGCAGGAGAUGGCGGCGAGAUGGACAGAUGUGUGUCAGAGAGACGACGGGGGAGGGGUCAAGGAGGAGGUGAAGAUGGAAGAGCGGAUCAGACAGCAGCUGUUUUCUGGAGUCUGUUGACAUAUUGGGCACAAAGCAGGCAAGAGGGAGAUGAGACCUGUUUAGUCUGUCAAAAAAAAACAAAAGGCCUUUUUAAAAGAACGUUUUGUUGAUCUGGAGUCCUCUGUGGAAAACCCAGAUGUAGUCAGUAAUGCUGUUACUAGUCAUCACGUACUGUUACUUUCGCUUCAGUCUGCUCGGUUUAGGGCGUCGACACUCUUGAAAUUUGGAGGUUGUAGCUCCCAUAAAUGGGAAAGUGUUGUGCAGUUCUCUGCUUUGGAUCAGUGUUGCUAUUUGAUGUAUGUGAAAUAAAAGUGUACACAGCUAUAGAGCACAACCUAGAGCAGUCCAAACCUUAAGUAUUAUUUUCAUGUUGUAUUUUACUACUUUGUCAUAGGACUGUUAAAAAGGGAGUAAUGAUUCCACUGGCCUCGCUGUAUUUUUCUAUGUAAAGUAUAUAAUUUAAGAUAGAAACACAAAAGGAGAACACAGUAUGUAGUGCACUGCAUUAGAGCCUUACAGACACAUCUGCAUUGGCUAAUUUUCGCUCAUUACAGUUAUGUAUGUUGUUAUUGGCGUGAAUGUCAGACAAUAUUUAACUUUAAAUUUAAGAAAUUGCACAAAAAAAGAUUGGAAGUAAUUUAGAAACGUUGUCUUCAUUAAGUACUCUAGUUUCUUUAGAAGAGGUUAUUUUAAAAUUAUAAUAUAAGUCACUCAAUACUUACAGUAUCUUAAACAACCAAAUUUAAGAGGUGAUGGAAAAAAAUAAAACAACUGUUGAUAGGUUUUAAAUUCUCUCUUGGUAUUGGCCAAGCUCUACAUAGAGAUAUUAAAUGGAUUUAAUUGGGCCUUGACAUUAAAGGGUCAGUUCAUGUUAAUUACAAAAAUAUAUUCUGUCACUUAGCUCUAGUAGAAUCUAACCAAAAUCAGUCAAAAGUUUUCUUCAGUGGGAAAACAGUUCCCUUGGAAAUUGAUAACAUCGAAGUCUGUCUAUUAUCAGGAGUAAUCAGGACGUCGCUUCCAGAAAGAAGUGUUACCUUUUUUAAAAAUGCAAGUUUGAUCUGACUGAAUUAAACCAACUUUGUCUGCUUGGUUAGAUGAUACAAGAGGCAAGUGAGUAAAAAAAAGUGUUUGUUUUUUUGUAAUUUUGCAGAACUGACUGUUCCUCUUCAGAAAAAAUAUGUAAAUUAGAAAUCAACUAUUUAUGACUUAUUUCCUGGACCACC